AUGUCACGCUCACCAACAAAUUCCCUUAGCGAUCAAACAAAUAGUAUCAAGAGUAAUGCUAGUAGUACGAGUGGUGGGGAUAAUUCUAUUACCAUCAAAAAUUAUAAAUGUCCAGAUUCAAAAGAUUACUUGAGAAGGCACAAAUCCGUUACAUUUUCUUACUUGUCAGAUCCUAAUAAUUCCAGUUCAUUUCAGCUGGGAAAUCUUAACGAUUCUGACACCUUCAUAGUUGGCGUGCUACAUUUAAAAUAUUCAAAACCAACACAUAUUAAAAAUGUAUGUUUGUCUUUGAAAGGUGUUGAGAAAACUUCUUGGCAUAAGGCUCAGGCAAGAACAAAAGUUGUUUAUGGUGGUGAACAUGUUCUUGUGGACCAGACUAAUAAAAUAAAGGAGUUUGGAGAUGGUCAGGAGGUGGAAGAAUUGGAAAUCCCUUUCAAAAUCCAAUUACCCUACAAUUUGCCAGAAACUAUUGUUACAGAAACUGGUUCGAUAACUUAUGUUCUACGAGCCACCGUCAACUUUAAGUCUUUGUUACAUCCACCAAAUGUUACCAAAAUAAAAUGUCCUUUGAAACGUGUCAUUGAAAUUGAUCAUCAAAAUCUUCCCCCCUAUAAAUUAUCUGGCAAUAGUAGUAAGUUUAAUAGUGUAAGUGGUAUCAAUAGUCGUAAUAACAACAAUGAUGAUGCAAUUGAAUAUGUAAUUAUGUUACCUCCAAAUAAAAAUCUUAGCCUGGGCAGUCGCAUAACGAUACCAAUGAUGUUAAGAUUGUUAAGACAAGGAAUUAGUGUCGAUAGAGUCGAAAUAUCAUUAAAGACAUGCAUGGAUUUUCAAUCAAAUAAUCAUGACGUAACUAAACAUGAAGAAAUAAAUUAUCCAGAUAUAAAAAUACAACAAUCAGAAUUACAAUUUAGUCAACCUGUAAUUAUCAAUAAUGUUAAUAAUGGUAUGGCCCAAUAUCAACAUUAUGGUGAAUGUCAUCAUAAUUUUAAUUUAUUCAUCCCAACUAAAAUACAACCAACUUAUCAAGGAAGAUAUAUUGGAAUAAGUCAUCAAUUAUAUAUAAAGAUUUCUUUAUGGGGAUUUGAAAAAGAUAUAGAUAUCGAGGAAAGUGUUAGAAUCGCUAAUAUCAUUGAUAAAAAUUUUAAUGAUUCACCUUCACCCAAAAAUGUUAUUAAUGAUAGAUCAUCAUCAUUGUCAAUGAAUUCAACACCUGCCCGUCCUUCAUCUCCAUCAUCGCCUCCACCACCUCAUCCUAAUUCACAAACACCUUUUAGAAUACCAUCAGUGUCACCAACAAGUUCAUUGCCACCAACAAAUUCAUUGCCACCGGAGCAUUUAAUCAAUCAACAACAUCUUUUACAGAAAAUCUUGAGUGACCCUUAUUUGAUGAGUGCGAUUUAUGCAAAUAAUAAUAAUCCUGGAUUUCUUCCAAAUCAAUAUUUUCCUCAAUUUCCACUUCAUCCUCAUCAUUACAAUUUAUUGCCCAAUCAGAUUCCUCCACAAUUAAUUCCACCACAUCUUAAUCAUCCACAUAAUAGUUUACAAUUUCACCCAUCCCUCAAUAAUAGUGGUAGUAACAAUUUACAACCAUUACAUGAUUAUCAUCAACAGCAAUUAAAUUUACAACGUCAAUUAGAACAACUUGAUCCUAAUAACAUCGGUGUGUUUGAUCAAGCUACUAAUGCUGCUGCUGGCCAACCAUUACUUUAUCGUCGUCAAUCACAAGUCUCAAUUGAAAAUUAUUUGAGAAGUAUCACUUGCGAUGUAUUUGGUUCUGGUGUUGGAGACGUUCCUUCUGAUCAGAAUCAAAAGAGAUUUUCAGAUCCUAUACCACAAACUUCUUCCAUAAACUGCAACAACAAUACUGCUAACGCCACAAGUGAAAAAAAUAGUCCUAGUGUUAAUGUUAGUUCACAUUGUAAAUUAACACCAUCGGCUUCACCGACAAACGAGAAUUUCUUAGAAACACAAGAUAAGAAUAGAUCAAGUUUAUUAAGCAACGCUAAUAGUGUUUGUGAAUCGAUUAAAACUCUGUCAAUCAGUGAUAACGAUAAAAGUAAAGGUGAAAAGGCAGACGAUAAUGGAAACAAUGGGCAUGAGUUAAAUGACACGCUAUCGAAUGUAACUAUAAUAACUGCUAGAUAUACUCCAUCACCAUAUCCAACUAGUCUUUCUCUGCCACCUUAUCGUCAUGCAAAUACUGCCACUUUGACAACUUAUAAUAAUUAA